AUGUCAAUUUCCACAUUUCUUGCUGGCUUGGCCUUGGUUUUCAUGAAAGAUCCAAAUAGUAUUGAAAAUAUUGCGGUUUUUGGAAAAGUCACUUGUGAUGGAAAUCCUGUGGAGAAUGUUACAAUUAUUAUGGUUGAUGAUAAUUGUGAGUUUUUUUUUUCGAAUAUAAUUUUCUUCUCAAAGAUUUUUUAGUUUCAAUAUUCGAUCACAUUUUGAAUUUCCGUACUACUAACAAAAAUGGGAAAUAUCGAAUUUUGGGAAGUCCACAUGAUGAAGAUCUCAACCUUCUUCUGAUCGUUGAACAUAAUUGUCAUGAGAAUCGGAACAUCUACACUAGAAAACUUAUCGAAUCCUAUUCGCAAUACAGAAUCCCACUUCAUACUUUAGAAGAACAUGGUUUCGAUUAUGAAUUCAAUAUUGAACUUCGCAAUAACCACGGUGUUCAUAGUUCGAGCCCUGGAUUGUAUGUUUGGAGAGCUGCAGCGGAUAUCAAAACGUGAGUGGUGUUCUGCGUUUCAAAAUUCUGAUAAUAUUUUUGCAGGGUUGCUUCAAACUCUGCCGAAGAUUUGAAAAAUGCCAUUUUUUGA